AUGGAAAGAGAGAGUCGUUCGAGAGAUGAUAGUAAAGGUAGACAGGCUCCUUUUUAUAGGGAAUCUCUCUAUCGAAGUUCGUCUUCAGUAAGCAGCUAGUUUAAGGUUUCGUCUGGCCCUAUGUUGUUCAAAGGUACAGAGAAUUCGAGUGUGCAGAAAAAUGCUCAACCCUAAUUUGAGGAAGAUGCAGAUGGGUUUAAGAAGCCCCCUGCACGUUCAGAGAAGUUGGAAGAGGAAAGGAAACGCAAUAAAUUACUUAAUGAAUACACAGCAUUUGAAUGGGAAAACAUAGAAUAAGAAUCAGAUAGGAAAUGGUACGAUUAUGAUGAAGAUGAUAUUGGUAAUGCUUCCUAGUAAGAUUGGGGAGGUGAAGUUUUUAAAGGUUAAAAAGAGGAAUUUAAAUUUGAGGAAUAUAGUAAACGCAAAGGUUAAACUGUAAGACAAUCAGAAAAGAAUUAAGAAUAAAAUAGAUGGGAACUCAAUCGUAUGAUUGCAUCAGAUGUUUUCAAGAGAAAAGCAGAUGCUUAUGAUUUUUAUGAAGAAGAGAAUGAAAAAAGAGUUGUCAUACAUGUACAUGAUAUUAAACCUCCUUUUUUGGAUGGGAAAGUUGUCUAUACAACUUAAUUGACAUAAGUCUAAAUUGUCAAGGAUCCUAAUUCAGACAUGGCUAAGUUGGCAAAACAAGGUUCAGAAGUCUUAAUGUUAAUGAGAGAGAAAUAGGAUAAAACUAAAAUGAGGGAGAGAUUUUGGGAAUUAAGUGGAUCAAAAAUGGGAAAGGUAAUGAACUUAGAUAGAAAAAAAGAAAUGGAUCCAGACAGACAUCUAUUGAAUGAGGAUGGAGAUUAUGAUUUCAAAGCAUCUUCUAGAUAUUAAACAGCUCUAUAAAGAGUCACUUAAGGUCAAAGUGAUUUUGCUAGAAAUAAAACAAUCAAAGAACAAAGAGAAUACUUACCAGUAUUUCACUGUAGAUCUGAAUUAGUUCAAUUGUUACAUGAUAACAGAGUUUGUAUUAUUGUAGGAGAAACUGGAUCAGGUAAAACUACUUAAUUGACAUAAUAUUUAUAUGAAGAAGGCUAUACUAAUACUGGUGUUAUCGGAUGUACUUAACCAAGGAGAGUGGCAGCAGUAUCAGUGGCUAAAAGAGUAGCUGAAGAAAUGGGAGUAGAAUUAGGUAGUAAAGUAGGAUAUGCCAUUCGUUUUGAAGAUUAUACUAGUAAAGAUACUGUUAUCAAAUAUAUGACAGAUGGAGUCUUAUUAAGAGAAUCUUUGUAAGAUCCUGAUCUUGAGAAAUACUCUGCUGUGAUUAUGGAUGAAGCACAUGAGAGAUCAUUGAAUACAGAUGUUCUAUUCGGAAUUCUUAAGAAGGUGGCAUAAAGGAGAAGAGACAUUAGAAUUGUAAUCACAUCUGCAACAAUGAAUGCCAAGAAAUUCAGUGAUUUCUUCGGAGGAGUGCCCAUCUAUAAAAUACCUGGUAGAACUUUUCCAGUUGAUGUCAGAUUCGAAAAAGCACCUGCCUAAGAUUAUGUGAGAAGUGCAAUCAAGAAAACCAUUGAAGUUCAUAUUCAAUAACCUCCUGGAGAUGUAUUGAUAUUUAUGACAGGACAGGAAGAUAUUGAAACUACUUGUUAUUUAUUAGCCGAGGAACUCAAUAAAUUAAGUGAAGCUACUCCUCCACUCUUAAUAUUACCAAUAUAUUCAUAAUUAAGAUCUGAAGAAUAGGCAAGGAUUUUUGAAAAAAGUGAAUUUAGAAAAUGCAUUGUGGCAACUAAUAUAGCAGAGACAUCUCUAACUUUGGAUGGUGUAAAAUAUGUGAUUGACACAGGAUAUUGUAAAAUGAAAGUGUAUAAUCCCAGAAUUGGUAUGGAUGCUUUAUAAGUCACACCAAUUUCCUAGGCUAAUGCAGAUUAAAGAAAAGGUAGAGCUGGACGUACGGGACCUGGUAUUUGUUUUAGAUUAUAUGUUGGAAAAUAAUAUUCCUGA